UCUUUUGUUCAAAUCAAUCAAACCAGAGACACCGGGCACAGAGCUGCUGAAUCAGGAAAUAACCGGUACAUUUAUUUACUCUUUCUUUGGGCAAAUUACUAAUAACAUUUUUAAAGAGAGCACAGGUUCUGCAUGUACGCUUUACGUGUCGAAAAGAAGAUAUUGAAAAAGUUUAGUUGUAGCAUCUUUUCAUGUAACGUCAGUGUGUCUUUAUUCAGAGUGCAUGUUAGCUUACAGAGGCGAGGUAACGUUAGCGUAAUGAAUCUCAUCAGUCAUCUCAUUUUACAACCUUAUUCCAGGCUGGGUUAGACAUGAUUCGCCUUUUGUGUGUUAUAUAAAAAGUUUGCGUCGCUCUUGUAUAGCAGCUAACUGUACGACUUCCUAUACUGGACGUUAGCAUGUCAGCUAGCUUGCUUCCCAAACCAUUAUGUGAACAAAGAGCGACACUGGUUAGCUGCUUAGCCUAAUGACGCUAGCUGCUACACGGUCGCCGGUGUUCCGUCGAGUUCUGCAACGUUGUUGAAAAAUGGCACAGUAGCGCGAAUCGUCAACAGAGGCUUCAAAAUCUCACCUUUAUCGGUAUUUUUUGAUUAGUAACAGAGGGAAGUGUAGGGACAAGGCGAGCAUGUUAUGGUAAUUCAAUAUAAACGUUUAAGACAGCAGAAGAUUAAAAUCUAUUGCUUCUGGUGUCGUAUCGCACAUAAAACACCACCGCACACGUCAUUUCCAUUGCCCGAGUUUGGAGAUACUAUAUUACAAAUUAAUUGUACAAUUUAAGUAGAAGCGUAUUUCAAUAGACUAACCCUCCUUUGUAAUGUUCCCAGUGGUGUCAAUCGUUCAGGAUUGUAGUUGUGGGCAUGCGCAGAACCGUUCAGGAGCACGUCUCGAAAGGAAGCACAACUCGACAGAACACCUGUUCGUGUUUUAGUUUGCCUCUAUUUAUAGUUCCUGGAGUUAGAUUCAUCUGGAUAGCGAUAAGACAUCUAUUGAAGACGGUGAUUUGAGGAGAAAAGCUUCUGUUUGGAAAAUGCCACGCAAGAAGGUGACAGACGUCUCGGGGAACGGGGGGCCGAAGAAGAAGAGGACCAGCGGCAAAAGGAAAGAGAGGGACUUCAGCAGCGACGAUGAGUUCGACUUUGAGCAGGAGAACAACAAGAAACCAGGAAAACCUUCCACCAAGUCCGGACUCCAGCCAGUCACCGUGGCAGACGACGUCAAGGAGAAAAUCAAACUAGAGUGUCCAAAGGUUAAAGGUCAGCUGCUUAUUUUUGGAGCAACCAACUGGGAUCUGAUUGGAAGAAAGGAGGUGCCCAAACAACAAGCUGCUUUCCGUAACCUGGGUCAGAACCUGUGGGGUCCUCACCGCUAUGGCUGUCUGAGCGACGUCCAGGUGAGCUGCGUGGUGUCCGGUCCCUGCUCUGCUCACAGUCUGCUGAUGACCACUGAGGGCAAGCUGUGGAGCUGGGGUCGUAACGAUAAAGGUCAGCUGGGUCAUGGAGACACCAAACGUCUGGAGGCUCCGAAGCUGAUCGAAGCUCUGGCAGAACAUGUGAUUGUUUCUGCAGCCUGCGGACGCAACCACACCCUGGCUCUCACAGAGGACGGCACUGCUUACUCUUUCGGUGAGAACAAGCUGGGCCAGCUCGGACAAGGGAACCAGACUGAUGCCGUCCUCAGCCCUGCCCCGAUCUCCUACAACGGUCAGCCCCUGGUGAAGGUGGCCUGUGGUGCUGAGUUCAGCAUGGUGGUGGACUGCAAAGGAAACCUGUACUCCUUCGGCUGCCCCGAGUAUGGACAGCUGGGUCACAACAGCGAUGGGAAGUUCAUAGCUCGUGCUCAGCGCAUCGAGUUUGACUGCGAGCUCAUCCCUCGCCGUGUCGCCAUCUUCAUCGAGAAGUCCAAGGACGGCCAGGUCACGCCCGUGCCCAACGUGGUGGUACGAGACGUGUCCUGUGGAGCCAACCACACGCUGGUGCUGGACUCUCAGAAGCGAGUGUUCAGUUGGGGUUUCGGAGGUUACGGCCGUCUGGGUCACACGGAGCAGAAAGAUGAGAUGGUGCCCCGACUCGUCAAGCUGUUUGACUUCCCUGGACGCGGUGCGAGUCAGAUCUGCUCCGGCUACCAGUGUUCAUUCGCCGUCAGUGAGAUGGGCGGCCUGUUCUUCUGGGGGGUGACAAACACUUCCAGGGAGUCCACCAUGUACCCCAAAGCUGUGCAGGAUCUGUGCGGCUGGAAGAUCCGCAGUCUGUCUUGCGGGAAGAGCAGCAUCAUCAUCGCUGCGGACGAGAGUACGAUCAGCUGGGGACCCUCGCCCACAUUUGGAGAGCUGGGAUAUGGAGACAACAAACCUAAAUCCUCCACCACGGCUCAGGAGGUCAAAACCUUGGAUGGCGUCUAUGUGGAGCACGUGGAGAUGGGAUACUCUCACUCUCUGGUCAUCGCCCGGCAGGAAACUGAGCAGGAAAAAGAGAGACUGAAAAAGCUGCCCGAGUACAACCCCCGGACAAUCUGACCAACCCUCCUGCAGAACACCUGAACCUCUUUCUCUGGAGCGGAGACCAGCGCUGCUCAGCUGGAGCGCCGUCUGUCCAGACUCUGCAGGGACGAGUUCAGGAGGAGGAGGAAGAUUUCUACACAUCUCAACUACCAGCAAACUGGCUCUACAUCAAUUUGGACCCUGAAACCAGACGAGCGGGACUGGAGACGGAUGCUCCAGCCCUCCACCAACCAACGGUCAGCUUACCUUAACAUCCCACCUCGAGUGAACCUGCAACAGUUUGCUCCAAAGCACUUCACACCCAGCCAGAGUCGUGCUUCCCAAAAACCCUUUUUCUAUUUUGUGAUACAGCCAAACAUUCAUGUGUUCAUGUCUCUCGUCCUGUCGUCUGUGUUGCAGUAUUUUAACGAUGAAAUGUUUGUCACAUUUACGGGUGCUACAUCAGGACCCUCCGUGUUUUCCCACUGAGGGCUUUUCAAAGACCAAUACUCCAUACCUGUGCCUUUUUCUACGUGUUCGUUCAGGAUAUGGAAGUCUUGUUUGUGUUGUCGGAGGAUCAGCUGAUCUGUUAGUGUGUAUAUACGUCGGUGUGAGCAGGUGUGUGCGUGUGCAGCUGCCACAGAUUACAAUCAGGAUUUGGAGCGUGAUGUUCUGAGUUAGUGCACUCCACUCGAUGUUACAUUCCUUUUUGUUCUAUUUCUUCUUCUGUGUUUGCAUCCAGGAUGCUCACCUCAGUCCUUCCAAGACCUCUGCGUCUGCUAGCUCUAUCUUUCUUUAAGUUUGAAUAAAAGUUAUGAUUCCAACGCUCUAAGCGGUUUCACAAGCAGAGUUUUUAGAACCGUAGCGAUGAAAUGUCAGCGGAUGGUUCAGUGUUUCACAUCGUGCUGUAAACGAAGGCGUGUCCUUUUUAAAAAAAACAAACAAACAGCAGAUGUGUUUCUCUUAUUGUUCUUUUUUAUGGUGAAAAUUCUUUGGGUUAUUUUUUUUCAUUGAAAUGGUUAAAUAAAGAUUCACAUGAAUUAA